AUGGUAUCUCAAACCGCUGAGCAGAUGCUUUCCUACCAACCGCCGCCGACCUACCGCGGCAAGGUCCCCAAGAAAAAGAGAAGUACCUGCCGACACUACCUAAAGGGCCGCUGCUAUUAUACAGCAGCAGAAUGUAAUUAUGCGCAUCGGGAAGAGGAAUUAUCUCCCAAGAUAAGGGCAUUGGUAUCGGGAUCGAAUCUCUUUCGAUCCAGUCCACUCGACAACAACGGCGCAGAGACCCACGCGUCUGAAUACUUGGGAUACUACAUCCCCAACACCUCGCCCGACGGUACGAGGCAGAACUCCGGUAGCGGUCAACAGGAGUUCCACCCAUUUCCGUCGCCCCCCAGACCCUCAUCCCAAGCGCCACGGGACACCCAGCACCUCAACACCCAGCAGAACGGAUACAUGUAUCCCGCUCACGGGGGCAACCUCGGCAUGCCGCCGUUUCCUGUAGGCAUGGGCGGGCAUCCCUACCAACCCCCUGGCCCCUCCUAUUUCCCCGUACCAGUUCAAGUCCCCCUUCACCAGCCCGUCCAGCCCGUCCAGCCCGUCCAGCCCAUGACCCGCCGGGAAAGCAACACCAUAUGCUGGAACGGCGCCAGCUGCAGGAAGCCGGACUGCUGGUACCGGCACGACACCUCACAGUCCAACACGUCUAGCAGUAGCGGCAACGGUGAAGUAAGCGCAAGUCAAGAGUCUUCCGCGACUGGCAGCGAGGCGUCAUCGCUAGCACAGGUGUCGACGUCCGCGGAGAACGAAAUCAUCGCUCAUCCUCCCCCCGAGGAGCAGAUUCCAGAGGACUUCGAGGAGGAAGCAAGGCAACGGCCCGCGGAGGAGGAGAUUUGUGCGCAGCCCAGAUGCGGGCCCUUGGUCGUCGACGGCAGGAGCGUCUGGGGAAAGACCAAUGCAAGGACGUCCGCGGCCGCCUGA